CAUGUUUCGUAUAAAAUAAAGUACCUUACGAUUUCCAUUCAAUACGUCAUCAAAAUACGAUACAUUAAUUGAAAUAUAUGGAGAUAAAGAACAAAACAUGGGUCCAAACAAACAAUACGAAACAGGAGCAGAGCAAACGAUGACCUCUAAAACAUCAGAGGUGGGAGUAGCUAGGUGUCAUGGAGGAAUGAGCAUCCCCUACCGACUAGUCGAAUCAGCCAUGAGAUUUCUUGCCACGAUCGGGAAGUAACAGAAAAAUCAAUGGACAAAAAUGGCCUAAUUAUGGUAAACGUCAUUCAGCGAUUGUCUUUACUGUAUGAUAAAUUGUAUUUGCUACCAAGGCAUUUGUAUCUACCAUUGAACUAGCGAACUGGUGAAGCUAAACGAGAUAGCUGAUAUUAUUGUUUCCACAAAUUGUUUGUCAAUAUCUACAAUGUAGAAUAGUUUUUUUAAAUUGUUCAUAGGUGGAGCAUGCUCUUGGGGAUUGAAUCAACUGAAAGUAUAUGUUAGUGUACAGGUGAAAAGGGUAUAUUGCUGCAUAAGUAGGGAAGCUGACGAUUGAAAACUUUUAAAGAAACCACAUUUAAAGCUUGGUUGUUAUGUUACUAUUUAAGUCUUCAACUAAAUAAGAUUCUAAAAUAUGAUACAGGUAUAUCAGAAUCUGCGAUAGUUUUAAUAGCAAGCUCACUGGAAUAUAUAGGAUCCACAUAUGAAGAUAAUGCAUUUGCUAACAAUAUUAUCAAAUUAAAUUUUGUUUUAGUUGCCUGCCUUGGGUGAAAAUUUAAAUCUAAACUAAGUAUGCUAUUGAAAAUAGAAAAGCUAAAAAACAUAACAUCAAAUACUGUAGUUGGAAGAUAAAUUAAUAUUUGUAGAGAAAGUUGAUUUGUAAAGACUUUUAAUCACCAUAUAUUUAUAAAAUAAUUGAUCCUCAUGGUCCGUAGGCGGUCAAGCAUCCAAAUAUAAAACGAUUGUGGCAGACUAUGCAUAAAAUUUAUUCUGAGUUGGACUUUUACAUUUUGUUUAUUAAAUGAAUCCCUUAAGAUUUUGUUUAGAAUGAAAUUGCCUGCGAAUGUUAGCGCUUAAUACUUGCAUAAACAAUUGUUUAUUUGUUUCCUUGUAUUACUCCAUUCAUCGAGAAAAAACAAGUCCCUUUAUUCAGUCAUUAAUGAAGAUGCAUUUCGUUCAUUUAAAAAUCUAUAUUUUCCUCCAUAUCCAUAUUUUUCUGAACCUCAAAUUGCUGGCCAGUUCUCAAUUCUGCGGCACCAGAAUUGGAGGGUUGGAUUACUGCUGCGAUAAUUACUAUUACGAUAGAAUGAAGAAUGAUUGUAUAGAUUGUCCGAUGGGUUCUUAUGGCCAAAAUUGUUCCAAGGCAUGCAUAAAACCAAAGUUUGGCUGGUUGUGCUACUAUACAUGCGAAUGUAAUAUUGAUGAAUGUGACAUUGUAAAGGGAUGCCUCAACGAGAGUGAUUUCAGCACAUUGUCACCUGAUAGUACAACCAUCACACCAAUAUACGUGUCACCAGCAUCAAGACAAGACCCGAAAUUCCUUAAUGAUCAGUUAACUAAAACAUCUCAAAAUACACCGGCACUUCCGAUGACAGAAAGUAACAUGGUUAUCGUGCUUACCAUUUCUAUAGCGUCGGGUGUUGUAGUCAUAUGGAUUGUAGCAUUUGCAAUUUUUUGCGUCAUUUCUCGAAAGAAAGUAUCAUUUUUUAAUCACAAAACAGAAAGAUCUGGACCUGAUACGAACGAAGUUACUGAAAGGACUCACAGGAACCAAGAAAUUGACAUUUACAUGGAAAUUGAAGAAACACCAGAUAUAUCAAGGGAAGGAGAUAUUGAUACUCAAGACAAUAUCAUGACGAGAACAAGUUAUGAUCAGUUAUCUAAAUCAGUAUCAGACUCCUCUAAAUAUCAUGAAAUCGGUAAAUAUUACACUGAUAUUGAGAAAUAUAAGACAUUUACAACUCACAAGGUUUUGCACGGCCAGGUGAAAUUAAAGCGCCACUUCUCGUGGCACCAUGCAUUGGACACUUCAAGUGCGCCAAGUUCCCCAAAGAAAGCCAACAGUUACAUUGACAUAUGUGAAGACGAUACUUAUUUACAGGCUGUUUUUGCUUUAACAGAUAUUGUAGAUUGUAGAAAAUAUAUAUAUGCUAAUAUGUCUUCUUGCCAUAACUUGAAUUUAAAUCUGAAUUCUAAUUUAAACCAGCCUAGACCAAAACUUGCGGAGUCAUAUGAUGAUUUUAUAGCAAUUCUUAAUUAAA